UAAGUACUGUUUUGGUCAUUUUUAAUAUCAUGAAAACGAAACCACUGACACUGUUUUUCUUUCAUGCUAAGUUAGAAAAGAGGAAAAACAAGGAAAGGUGAAAGUUUGAUCAAUACAGCACUUGGAUGGCAUCCUUAAGAAAGUUAAACCACAUUCAGGUUUCCACUUAAGUAGUAGGAAUAGAAAUGAAACUUUUUGAGCUCAGAUACUGACUUAGUGAAUGUGCUUGUAGUAUAAGCAUAUUUAGAGUGCCAAAUGGUAUUUUAAUUCAGCGAACUGUAGUAUGCUGGUAUUUUGAGGGGAGAUACUCAUGUAGCAAGAGCACACAAACACCUCUCUCAUGUUCCUUGUUACUAGAGGAAAAGGAAAAUUUCCAGACUACCACCUUCUGAUGGUGAAUAAACAGCAAAUGUGAGAACCUAGGGGAAGGAGGAAAAGACCACCAAUAUUCCAUCUUAGUUGUGGAGUAUGUUGAUCCAGCUUGCUUGAAGACUAGCAGGAUUCUGGAGAAGCACCUAGCAGUCUGAUCUGAUUCAUUUCCUCUGAUGUGAUGUUGGAAAAGAUUAGGAUGUCCAAAGAUACUUGACCUUCCACAGGAAGAAGAUGUUAAAGACUUUAAGCAGCCCUCGGAGUAAUCACAGGAAUGGAUCUCUGUCAGAGAAACGAGGUGGAGUUAGGAAAUAGCGGAAAUAAUGAAAUUCAGAGCACGGGAGAAACAGAAUCAACCUGCGCUUGUUCAGAUGGGAGAAGGGAAAAGAAUCAUGUUCGUUGUCUUCUCAAUAUCAGCGACAUUACAUCUGAACAAGAUGGAAAAGUCAACAAGUUUGUUAUUGGAACUGGAUGGGAAGAAGCGGUUCAAGGCUGGGGAAAGACUUCUCCAACUGCCUGUCUCUGGCCCAGGAAGAAGCUUAAAAAGAUGAAGGUGGGAGAAAGUGUCAGCAGCUGCUUACUCUGUGUCGGUCUCUCCCAAGGGAUCCCUGAGACCAAGCCUCAGUCUGAGGCUGGGAAGUUGGAGUCAGGGGCUCUGGCUGAAGCAGGCCCAGAGAAGGAUCGAGGUAGCCCCUGCAAGACUCAGAGCCCCCCUGGAGGCCCUACCACUGCCUCCAGGAGGAUUAGCAAGAUGUGCUUUCCCUCCUACAAUCAGGAAGAGAAAAAAAGUCUCCAAAUAAAGGAGUUUAUUUGGUGCAUGGAAGAGUGGGCCCUCCCCAACACUGUUAGGGACCAGAACCCCAGCAGAGGCACUGAUCGAGGUCCCUCUGUGUCAGACUCAUUGACUUCCAAGGCCCUUUUAGUUCUGCCUCCCCUGAAGGCUUCAGUCCCAAAUGGCUUGGAUGUUCUGGGUAAGAAGAGUAAGAACUUUCUCUUGCAGCCAGAAGAGAAGGUGCUGAGUGUGGAAAAUGAUGAGUGUGUGGCUUGUGCAUAUGGAUUGAAAAUAGUUGGCGGGAAAGAUGGAAAGAGACCCAUUGAGCUGGCCAAGCACCUUAAGGCCAACUGCAUGCAGCCUUUUCCUUCCCCAGUGGUCCAGACACCCCUGCUGGCCAAUCCGGAGCUGGACUGCCUGCACUGGUCCCUCCUGGGUGAGAAAAAGCUGGUGUGCCCUCCCAGUUCCAACACUGUUCACUCUCUCACCACCGUGCAGCUUUUGCAGAACCAGAGAGUGCAAAGCUACAAAGCCAGAUUCAAAGCCUGGGAGCUGAGACCUCCCACAAACAUCCAAAAGUGCGUUCUCAAGGAGGCCAAGCAGGAAACCAGGCCCCGUACACUGGAGACCAGUGUGCUCCCAAGACCUCUCUUGCCGUCCCUCACCGUGAGCAGAGUUGUUAUUCCCGUCUCCACUCAGAUUCCUCUGAACCGCCACAAUGUCACUCCCUGGGAAUAAGCACCUUUGGAAACUCACUCGCGCCCCCUCUCCUGCGCCCAGCCCAUACUCUCUUCUCUUCCUUUCCCUCACCCCCCCCUUUCUCUUUUCCCUUCCUUUUUGCUCUCUCUCUGCUUCCCUCCCUCUCUUGACCCUUUUUUGUAGUAGAACCAGAGGAAAUAAAUUCGUCGUAUGGAUUUUGA